UCUUUGACUGCAGGUUCUUUGAGGCAGGGACAGUCUCGCCUGUCUUCUCUUCCUGGUACCUGACAAGGAUUUAUCAGUGCUCUUGUAAUUCAAACAAUAAAUAAUAGAUUUUGCUGUGCAGUGCUUGCAGACAGCUCUGCCAUGGUCCCUUAAGCUUACAUGUUCCCAGUUCCAGGCUCUGAGCAGUCCAGUGGGGAACACUGUUUGCGGGAGUUGUCCAUGCGGAACAGGACAGUCGUAUGUAGGGUCAGGCUCAGCCUUUCCUCCCUUUCAGCAUUCAAGACCUAAUUAUCGAGGAACUGUAGAGUGGUGGGGUCCAACUGCUACAGCCAACAGCAACAAUGAACAUGGAGCAGUCUGAAAUACUGAGAACGCCGUGGACUUGACUGAACAGGAAGAGUCGUAGCAACAGAAAGCCCAUCUCAUCUCAGGCACAAUUUCUACCCUUUAUAACCAGUGAACAGAGUGUUAGCUGUGAAAAUAUCUGACCUGAUGUGAUUCUGAUUCUUGGUAACACUAAUCCUAGUGGUAGCAGAAUGUCCCAUUACAGCAUAAUUUAGCCAUCGUGAGUGGAUGCAGCGUUCUGAGGAUGAGUACCGUGGACAACCGGAGAAAGCAAAAGGAAACUUCCUUCAGGGAUUUUUUUCAUGCCCUGGUGACAGCUGCCAUAAGGCUGUGGCAGUUGUAUACUUUCCUUGUUCCACCAAGUGAGAAGAGUGAUGACCAUCCUUUUCCUUACUAUGGUUAUCUCAUACUUCAGUUGCAUGAAAGCUGCCCCAAUGAAAGAAGCUGGUCUAAGAGGACAAGGCAGCUUGGCUUACCCAGGUCUUCGGACCCACGGGACCCUUGAGAGCCUAAAUGGGCCCAGUGCUGGUUCAAGGGGACUGACAUCGCUGGCAGACACUUUUGAACACGUCAUAGAGGAGCUGCUAGACGAGGACCAGGACAUCCAGCCCAGCGAGGAGAACAAGGAUGCAGACUUGUACACCUCCCGAGUCAUGCUAAGCAGUCAAGUGCCUUUGGAACCCCCGCUGCUCUUUCUGCUCGAGGAGUACAAAAACUACUUGGAUGCUGCAAACAUGUCCAUGAGGGUCCGGCGCCACUCUGACCCGGCUCGCCGUGGGGAACUGAGCGUGUGUGACAGCACGAGCGAGUGGGUGACGGCAGCGGAGAAAAAGACUGCGGUGGACAUGUCCGGGGCCACCGUCACAGUCCUGGAAAAAGUCCCAGUGCCCAAAGGCCAACUGAAGCAAUACUUCUACGAGACCAAAUGCAACCCUAAGGGGUACACAAAGGAGGGCUGCAGGGGCAUAGACAAGAGGCACUGGAACUCCCAGUGCCGAACUACCCAGUCUUACGUGAGAGCUCUCACCAUGGAUAACAAAAAGAGAGUUGGCUGGCGCUUCAUAAGGAUAGACACUUCUUGUGUAUGUACAUUAACCAUUAAAAGGGGAAGAUAGUGGGUUCGUGUUGUAUAGAUUAUAUUGAGACAAAAAUUAUCUAUUUGUAUAUAUACAUAACAGGGUAAAUUAUUCGGUAAAAAAAAAAUUAAUUUUAUGGACUGCAUGUAUGAUGGAAGUUUAUACAGUACAGUGGUUACACAAUCUAUUUAUUGAACAUAUCCAUGACCUGAAGGGGAACAAAAAGUCAUUUGCGCACAAGUUAAAAAAAACAAACAAAAAAAAACCUAAAAAAAAAAACAACAAAAAAAAAAAAAAAAAAAAAAAAGCCCCAAAAAAAAACCAAACCAAAAAAAAAAAAAAAAAAAAGAAAAUCAAGCAAAUGAAAAAGUCUGCAUUACAUUCCUCAAUAACAUUGUGGUUUGUCGCCGUUGCCAAGAAUUGAAAAUAUAAAAAUUUAAAAAAAAAAUAAAAUAAAAUUGCAUGCUGCUUCAAUUGUGAAUUAAUGAUAAACUGUCCUCUUUCAGAAAAAUAAAUCGAACCAAAACAUUCUGUUUACAUUUUAGACAGUAAGUAUCUUUAUUCCUGUUAGUAUAUAUGUUUACUGCUUCUAACUUCUGAUAGCGUUGGAAUUAAAACAAUGUCAAGGUGCUGUUGUCAUA